CUUUACAAGGAAUACACAGCGGCUUACAGUUGGCUUCAGUACAGUAUUUGUCCAACACGUUUGAAAAACAACGUGGUGCUGAACAAGAAGUGUAUCAUCUCGAUUCGAAGGCGCUAGGUGUCUUUGGGGCUCUAGCUGCGAGCCUCCUCAUACGCACUAUUGACUUCCACACACACUUUGCAUUUGCAAGACUACCUCAAGUUAAUAUUUAAUUAAUGGCAAACAUCUAGAUGCAUUGACAGGCAUAAUGGGGAAUGCACACCUUUCAUCAAAGUACACAUUUACUUUUUUAAAGCGUGUCACCCGAUAGUAUUUUUUAUGUGAUAGCAUUUUGUUAGCAAUGGAGCUAAUGCAGUUAGUUUAGCUGCUACCCAGUUACCGACUUGAGUACUGCUAGGCCCGGACGAACGACAAUCAUGAGACUUUUAAGAUUUCUGCGGAGCAGCGUGUCCAUCGGGAAGGACAUAGACUAUUAUUCCAAAUUCUCGCCCUCCCCUCUGUCCAUGAAGCAGUUUCUGGAUUUUGGUUCAGAAAAUGCUUGUGAGAAAACGUCCUUCACCUUCCUCAGACAGGAGUUACCUGUGAGGCUAGCAAACAUCAUGAAGGAGAUCAAUUUGUUGCCAGAUAACCUGUUAAGAACGCCAUCGGUGCGCCUGGUCCAAAGCUGGUAUGUGCAAAGUCUCCAGGAGAUCCUGGAGUUUAAAAACAAAAACGCAGAUGAUGAAAAAGUGACAUACGAUUUCACUGAUGCGGUGAUCAAGAUCCGAAAUCGUCACAACGAUGUCAUCCCGACCAUGGCUCAGGGUCUUGUGGAAUACAAAGAGGCAUACGGCACCGACCCGGUGGUCAGUCAGAACGUGCAGUAUUUCCUCGACCGGUUUUACAUGAGCAGGAUCUCUAUCCGCAUGUUGCUCAAUCAGCACACGCUCCUCUUUGGUGGGAAGGUGAAGGUGAAUCCAGCACACCCUAAACAAAUCGGCAGUAUUGAUCCCCUCUGUCGAGUCAGCGAGGUUGUUAAAGAUGCCUAUGAAAAUGCAAGAAACCUUUGCGACAGAUAUUACAUGAACUCUCCCGAGCUCACACUGGAGGAAUUCAAUGUCAAAGAAGAGGGGAAACCCAUCACCAUGGUCUACGUCCCAUCUCAUUUGUACCACAUGGUGUUUGAAUUGUUCAAGAACGCCAUGCGAGCCACCAUGGAGCUGUAUGGAGACGCCAUGGAGCAUCCGCCAAUUCGUGUUCAGGUCGGUCUGGGAACUGAAGAUCUGACAGUAAAGGUGAGCGAUCGCGGAGGUGGUGUCCCCCUGCGAAAGAUCGAUAGGCUCUUCACGUACACUUACUCAACAGCUCCCCGGCCGAGCAUUGAUGGCUCCCGGGCUGUCCCUCUGGCCGGUUAUGGAUACGGUUUGCCCAUUUCGCGACUAUACGCCCGCUACUUCCAAGGGGACCUGAAAUUGUACUCUCUGGAGGGGUACGGGACCGAUGCAGUCAUCUACAUUCGGGCACUGUCCACUGAGUCCAUCGAAAGGCUCCCAGUGUACAACAAGUCAGCGUGGAAACACUAUAAGAUGAAGCACGAGACUGACGACUGGUGCGUCCCGAGCCGAGAGCCUAAGGACUUGACUACAUUUCGUCGGUUCUAGAUGGGAGACGACGGCUCUCCUGUAGCAAAGUGUUAGUCAUCAUCUUGUGGUCCAACAGUGGCGGUUUGUACACAAAGCUGUUUCAGCAUUAUUUCAGCACAACUUAAACAAUUGCGUUUUUGUACUAUGUUUUUUUUUCCUCACUGGAGAUAAAACUUAAGUCGGACAGCCUUGUAGUCAUACAAAUGCUCAAACAGCUUUUCACAUGUUUGUGUACGUCUUAUGUGCAAUUUCAGAUUUUAUCUGUACAGAAAUAUAAAGGGAACUAAACCUAUUUUUAUUCAAACCGCAAUAUACAUGGGGAGUCUGUUUACAUGCUUUCUGGGUUUAGUCCUGUGAUGUUAGCGAAGGCAGUUCUGACAUUAAUUUUGGUUGUCAGCACAGCAUAAUUUUGCCCAAUGUGGCGGCUCCCUAAAAUUAAUAGACAAUGAAAAAUUAUUCUGUUUUAAUUCUUAUUCCAUGAUUGCAAUGUUCAGAUUAAUGGUGGGACACACAGACCUUUCUUUUGCAAAAUUGUAUGGUUUAGUUCUCCUUUAAAAGUGUCACUUUCAAGUUAUAUUUAUUAGAGAAAACCAGUUUUGAAAUGUUAUAUUAGGAUUGUAUUUUGCAUGGGACUACAUUUGUUUUUCGAUGGUUACAUAGUUUGGACAAAAAAAUCUCUUCAGUGUGUUAUAGUAUAAUCAAGGAUCUAUGCAGCGUCAAAUAUUUUCUAUUUUUAUUAUCUGUUGUCUUUCUGUUAAGUUAUGGUUUUAGGAUUUCACUUGGCUUUAGCCAGUUUCAUAAGGAACUUUUUUUUUUCAUCUGUUUAAUAGAGCAAUGUGUCAAAUUACAGAAUGUUUCCUAAAUAUGAACUUAUGUCUGAGCAGUUAUAAACAAAUGGAAAGUUUUCUUUUAAAGGUUUGAAGUAAAAGCAACAAUUUUUUCAUUGAGAGCAGUGAUAUUUAUUUCAAUUGUCAAAAAAAAAAAAAGAUGGAGUGACACUAACUUGAGAGUUGUGAACUACAACUGUAGUGAGUGGCACAUUCUGAAUUACAAAUGACAAUUCCCACAAUGGUAGGAGAGAAGUGCUUUGGAAAGACCAACAAAUUUGUACAGGAUAUUUUAAAUGUUCUAAACGGAUAGUACCAUAUCGUUAUAUCCUAAAAAUACCAAAAUGUCACCCUAAAAUUUCACUAGAUUUGAAAGACAAUAACAAUGGCUCCCUCACAAGAUGCCACAGUUUAAUUCAUUGUUUGUAAACAUGUUUGUCAGUUCAUCCUCCUAUUCCCCAGUUUCUGAAAAUGGAAAGAAAUAACAUGUAAAUUAUUAAAGAAGUUUUAUUUUAUCUGAAAUGAUCGAUUAUUGAUGACAAUAGUGAAAAGUGCACUCACAUUGGAAUGCAGUCAAAUGUAAGCAGCAGCAUUUCUGAUUAAUGGGACAUCACUUGGCCACAAUUGUUAGUGUUCCACCAAAGAAAAAUCAGUGAACAAUCAUAGUUACAUUUUUUAAUUUGAUGUCUGUAUUAGGACUUUGUCUUAUUCUGAAGAUAAGAGCAACAAUUUUCUCUCCUUUUCAUACAAGAGUGUACUGAAGAGGAAGCACUUCGGCUUAGCUGUUAACA